CGCAGACACGCGCACAGCCCGCGCAUCGUCGCCGGAAGUGGUUGAGAAGCAGGAAGUGGAAGAUGGAGGCCGCCGUGUUCAUCUUCUCCCUGAUAGACUGCUGCGCUUUGAUUUUUCUCUCCGUCUACUUCAUCAUCACUCUGUCUGAUCUAGAGUGUGAUUAUAUCAAUGCGCGGGCCUGCUGCUCCAAGUUAAACAAAUGGGUACUGCCAGAGUUGGUGUGCCAGGGUCUGGCUACAGUCCUCAUGCUGGUCUCCAUGCACUGGUUCAUUUUUCUCCUCAACCUGCCUGUGGCAUCCUGGAACCUAUACCGGUACCUCAAGGUCCCCAUGGGCAACAUGGGUGUGUUUGACCCCACUGAGAUCCACAACCGGGGACAGCUAAAGUCCCACAUGAAGGAGGCCAUGAUCAAGCUAGGCUUCCACCUGCUCUGCUUCUUCAUCUACCUGUACAGUAUGAUCCUGGCUCUGAUCAACGAUUGAUGCUUCCUGGUGACAGUCACACUCCAACGGCCCAAUCAGAAAUCAGGAGUUGCCCUCUGUCCUUUCAUCAUAACCCCACCCAUUCCAUCAACCUGCUCUAUAACCAUGACCUGUCAAACACUAGAUCACUCCCAGUCUAACCGCUGUGGAGUUCUACAUACGGAUGAAAUAAGAUUUACAGAAGUUUGUGUGUGUGUGUGUGUGUGUGAGUGAGUGAGUGAGUGAGUUAGAGAGAGAAAUUGACCAUUAUACUGAGUGUUUUUUGGUGUGUAGGAGACUGAUCUUUAUGUGUGUGAGUGAUGUAUGUGUGUGUUUGACAUCCUGAGGCUACAGUAUUAAUCCUAAAACAUGGGGGAAGCCUCUUAGAUUAUACAGUAAUUAGAUGAUGAUUCAAUCAAUGGCCCAAAUUAAAUGAUAGUACACGAAUAAAAACUACAAAGCCACAUGUUAUGUAUGGAAAAAAGUUUAGCGUGUGUGUGUGUGUGUUUGCUUGAGCCUCCCAUGUGUCACAUCGGAGUGACGCUGUCCCUGUGUGUCCGUCGCGAUUAAACCCACUGGCCAGCCUGAAGCUGACUGUGGGAAGCUGACUGUGGGAAGCUGACUCUUACCUCCCACGUGGAUGUCCAGUGACAGCAGCGUUUGCCUGAAUGGAGACCCAUCUGGGCAACUUCAGGUUUUCUGGGUCACAGAGAAACACAAUCCCCAUUCUUGGCUGUCCACUAACCCGGGCUGUGUUUCCGCUUCAGCACGUUCCAGGGCUGCCGGGGGGGGGAGGGAGGGUGGGGUAAGGGGGCUAAUUUUAUACAGUUUAUUAGAUGGGUAGUGAAGAAAUCGAUGUGAUUAAGAACAUGCGACUGAUUCUUAAAGCCAGCCAAAAAACAGGUUUACAAGUCUGAAUCGUUUGUCGGGGUUCUCAUUUCCUGUGGACCUCGGUUCUCCACUUCUGCCUGAAAGACACAAAAGUUCUCAACUGACCAAAAUAAUAGAGCUUAGGAUAACCAUUCCUAGAGGUCACCCUGAAGCUCCUCUCAUGUUCUGUGUGGGCAUGCAAAUGCACCCAGCGACAAUCAAAUAUCAAAUCUUUAAGUCGGCGAUUAGCUGAACCAUGUGUGCUGGAGGUACCACGUGUAAGAUGAUGUGGGGGAGUGGGUCUUCAGGGGGAGCUUUGGGGGCUUCUGGCCCAGACUGAUGGGACUGUGAGUUGUGGGUCAGGUUUGUUGUAGGCGAUCCUAUCAUGCUGAACUGGGUUUAACUCUGCCGAAGAAAGCAACUCAAUGAGGGUUAAUUCCAGUGUUGUUCAUUAUUAAGUGUUUUUCCAUAUUCUUGUAAGCAAUGUAAACUGUUUGGUAAUACAAACAAUUGUUUUUUUCAAACUUUUGUCUGGUGAACUGUCACGUUCCAGAUCAACUCAAAAGCCAGAUUUGGACCUGGACGUAGGUUCUGGUUUAAGUAGGUUGGGUUCACGAUGCCAUCGAGUUGAACGUUGUCACAUGACUGAUUUAUCUCUUUGAUUACUGGGGGAAAUGGUUUGCUUUAGAAGAAUGGUGUUAGUUGGCUGUUUGUUCUGGAAAUUCGUGCCAUAUUUCAGUGCUGCCUUUAGAAGUUCACCUGUAUACUGGGUUUUGCUCUUUCCCAAAUCUGCAGUGGUCAUGUCUGCAAUGUAAGUAUGGAUUUUACUAAGAAGUGUCACAGGUUUGUUUGCGUUUGUAAAACAUAAUCAGUAACAACCAGUACUCAGCAUUGUUUAAAAGCUGAAUGCCAUUUUGGCUAAAUCCUGGCACUCUUGUGUAAUGAUUGGUUUAUGGUAAUUAACACCGUAUUACGAAUGUUAAUUUGAAAAUUAAGUGCAAAACUGAAAAAAAUGUUUACUCCCCGUUUCAGUAUGUAUAAAUAAACCUAUGACCCGAAA